AGCAGCCUGAGUUGAAGUAGUAUCCAAAAUGACUACUACCACUGGUAUGAUGGGUAUGGGGAAGGUCAUCUUCUAUGAGGACAGGAACUUCAUGGGUCGCUCCUAUGAGUGCAUGAGUGACUGUGCUGAUAUGUCCUCCUACCUCGGCCGUUGCCACUCUUGCAAGGUCGAGAGAGGUUGUUUCAUGGUCUACGACCGUCCCAACUUCAUGGGUAACCAGCACUUGAUGAGGAGGGGCGAUUACUCUGACUACAUGAGCAUGAUGGGCAUGAGCGACUGCAUCAGAUCCUGUCGCAUGAUCCCCAUGCACAGAGGAUCUUACAGAAUGAAGAUCUACGAGAGGGAGAACUUUGGUGGCACCAUGCACGAGAUGAUGGAUGACUGUGACUCCAUCAUGGACCGUUACCGCAUGUCUGACUGCAUGUCCUGCAAUGUUAUGGAUGGCCACUGGCUCAUGUACGACCAGCCCCACUUCAGAGGCAGAAUGAUGUACAUGAGGCCUGGCGAGUACAGAAGCUUCAGGAACAUGAAUAUGAAGUGCAUGAGCAUGAGGCGCAUCAUGCAUUCCUGGUUUUAA